AUGUCAGAAUGCUCUUCUUCAGUUGCAGACCGAGCGUCGGGGCACCUCAAUCUGACCAAGUGGUACCGGCGACUCGGUACUUUUCCCCUUUCUCCCAAUGAAGUGGGCAAAUUGUCUAAUUCAGAGCAGACGAUUAAGAGUUCCUCUCGUCUGCACCACCAGACCCAGCCGACAGGCCCCAUUCAAGUGAUGCCAACACCUUUGACCCUGACUACCAGCCAGAGGGCGUGUCUCUCCGGUUCCGAGGCCGAUUUGCAGACCCGGGGCGGCCUCGAACCACGGGACAGUGAAUGCCUCUCUUGCCCCUAG